AUGCGCGUUACCUUUCCAUUUGCCCUUGGCCUCUGGGCCACCUUCCAUAACUUUGGUUGCUUCGCCUUCACUGGCAACUACACCUGGAGCACUUUCAUCAACGGCGAUAUUGCUGUCAUCAGCACCGAAGGCUCCACUAGCGGCCUCAUCGAAUUCCAGCCUGACGGAACCCAACUGUGGGAAUUUGAACCUUGGGGAAAUGAAGAGUUCCACUUUAUUCGCGAUGUCAAGACCAAGAAAUAUAUCCGUUUUCCGAUGAUCACGGACGGUGCAACUCCUAUCCUGACCGACCGGGGCGCAACGGCGAUCCAGGUCUAUCAUCCCAGCACCGAGACAACGACCAUUAUGGUUAUUCAAGACCCGUUGUCGGAAUACCCGAGUGACGUUUUUUAUCUUACGGCGGAACGAUAUGACGGGACCAGCACAUCACCUCGAGUGUUGAGGCUGCGGGAGCACACCAGGGAGGAGCAUGGUUCGGCUUUCCAGCUUUGUAAGCAGCCUGCAAAUCCACGCUGA